GGUCGCGGCGGUCACUCGGCGCUGCCACCAGGAAAGAGCAGUUCCGUAUUUUCCAUUUUCACACGAGACUCAAUGAUUAAUUUUUGUCCACUGAGAAUUUCAGGCCGGAAAACCGGUAUUUUUCGAAUAAAGUCAGUCACUACGGGUGGGGUGUCAUUAUCAACCUCUCUCGCUUGCGGGUUGGUAACCCUGGAGAUAAGUAUGCAGGUGCAGUAGCAGACGACGUUCACCGCAUCUUUGUGUCAUUUAAUUACAUAAUUUAAAAACAACGACGGUAGUGUUCUUCUGAUUGAUCGUGUUGUGAUUUGAGAUGGUUCGUGUUUUGACUGCUCACCAUUUUGCCAGUCAAGAUAUACAAACCUGUGAGGAUCCAGUAGCAGUUGCUGCCGUCCCACCUGACAAACUUCUCAUAGCAUCAGCUGACCAUGUUGUGGAGGUACGAGAUCUCUCCAAAGGUGGAGAGGCAGUGUCAACGUUCCCCACGGUUGACCUUGUCCAGCACAUGGCCUACUGCUCGACAGGUAACUACGUGGCGACGCUGGAGGGGUCCCCGAGCGGGGCCACUGGCGGCCAGGGCUGCGUGGCGCGCGUGUACUCGCGCUGGGACGCGGCCGGGGCCCCCGCGGCGCCCGGAGCCCCGGGAGCCCCCGCACAGAGCCAGCCGAUGCGCGCGAGGAUCGCCGGCUGCGUGACGCCGAGCCCCGUGCAGGAGGACGCCACCCUGGACAUGAUCGAGCUGCCCGUGAGGGGUCGCGGCGGCGCCACGGCGCUGGCGUGCUGCCAGGCCACGGGGAACGUCCUGGUGGCCUGCCACCGCAUCCUCGUCUUCUUCCGCUACAUCGUGCGCACCCACGAGUCGUCCAGGACGCGCUACAUCGACUUCGAGGACACGGAGGUCCGCGUGUCUCUCAGCUUCCCGCCCACGCAGGCCUUCCUGCGCGAGGAGCUGGCCGUGUGCAUGGGCAAGCACUCCCUGCUCGUGUUCCGCCUGUGGCACUCGCAGUCCCAGGGCCAGGCCCAGGCGACCGGCUCCUCCAGGCAGCAAGAGAACCCCAGCGAGGCCGGGCAGCGGCCGAGCAACGCCAGCAGCCUCCACGGCCCAGGCCACGGCCCCGGCCACCGCCCGCUCAACCUCAACCGGAUACUGCAGGUGGAGCAGGAGGUCAACUCUGGCCGCCGCGUGUGGGGCACUGGGCCCGGCACGGGGGUGUCGGAACUGGGCGUGUCGCUGCCCGUGACCGUCCAGCUGCCGGCCAUCGCGGCGGAGCGCGCCAGCCGCGGCCACUGCAGCCCAGGCAGCGGCGUGGUGCACCACAGCAACCCCUUCGUCUCGGACCCCGCCGACGUGGCCGCCAACGUGUUCGCGGGUUCGGGCGCCGGCGCCGCCUCGGACUUCCAGGUGGAGGCCCUGCUGCGGUUGCAGCUUGCCGGCGACCCUCAGGGUGGCCACGGCGAGGAGUUCGGAUGUCUGACGCUGCAGCCGCUGUACCGCCGUGAGCCCGCCGCCUCCGCCUCCCCCGCGAGGGCGUCUACCGGUCGGCGCCAGGGCGGCCAGGGCUCCGCACGUCAGACGCAGUCCCCGACUCGGCGGGAGCGGCCCAGCGGCCCCGGCGCGUGGCUGAGCUCAAGGCACCGCGCGCAGCUCUGCGGCGUGGCGUGCCUGGUGGCCACGCAGCAGGAGGGCUACCUGUACCACUUCCCCAUGGACGGCUCCGCGCCCGCCGCGCACCCCUGCGUGGCCGUGUACCCCUUCACGGCGCCAGUGUCGCGCGUGGUCCUGGAGCCGCUGGCGCUGCACGCGCUCACGGACACGGGGCUGGAGACGUACACGCUGCGCUCGGCACACCGCUCGCUGGCCGCGCUGCAGGGGGUGUGCCCGCCGGCCGACGACCCCAUCUGCCUGAUCGGUCUGCGGCCCUUCCUGGGGGCACGCCACCUGCUGGCGUCCGGCCCGCACCUGGUGCUGCUCGCCACGUCCGAGUCCAGCUCGCCGCCCGUGGCGGACGCCCCCGCCGCCGCCAGCCCCUGGACGCUCUACUCGCUCAGGCUGCCCACGCCAGAGGUCCUGUUCUCCGACAUGGUGGCCGUGGGCGAGAGCCACCGCGUGGCCUCGCCGUCGACCUACUGCCACCUCCUGGGCGAGGCCCACUGCGUGCUGGCCUCGGCGCGACACCUCAGCGACCAGCCGGGCGCGACGGCCUCGCCCGUGGCCAAGGUCCUCGACGAGAGCGAGGAGGCCCUGCAGGCGCUGUACCGCGAGUCGUGCGCCUACCUGGGGGACUUCCACGUGAUGAGCGACGAUGCCGCGGACCGCGACCUGGCGGCGCGCUACUACCGCAUGGCGCGCAUGGAGCCGCAGCGCGUGCUGGACCGCAUGGCGAAGCACGCGCAACGCCUGGGCCAGCCCGUGGACCACAACGGCCACCGCGGCCAGGCCCAGGACGACGGCCUCCUCGACAGCGACGUGCUCUGCGCGCAGCUGCACCGCGGCCAGGUGCACUACCUGGAGGCCGAGGUGCUGGAGGCGCGCCAGGGGCCGAGCGGGGAGCCGCUGGACGACCAGGGCGCGCGCCAGUUGACGUCGCAGCUGCUGGAACUGCUGGAGAAGAGGCGGGAGGGCGACGCGGUGGACCCGGUGCGCCUGGCGACCCUGGUGCUGCGGGCCAGGCUCCUCAGGGAGUACGCCGCGUCCAGGACCUUGGCGCUGCUCCGCUCCGCAGCGCCGCCGUCAGCCGCUGGCAAGACCAAGGCGUCCGUGGUGCUGGCGCUGCUGCUGCUCGAGGUGCAGGUGGGCGGCGUGGCCAGUGGUGCGGCUAGCGCCGCGGAGGUGCUGGGCCUGCUGCAGGCUCUGCCCUCGGCCACGCUGCUGCCCGAGCUGGCACGCCACUGGGAACUGCUGCUGGACGGCCAGGGCCUCUCGGAACUCGCCACCGUCCUCAUGGAGCGCCGGCCCGCCGACAUGGCCGCCUUGCUGGCGCAGCUGGUGGAGGCGGACACCAUGCCCCUAGCUAGGAUACUCAAGAUGAUGCUGGACCACCUCUCGACGCAGAUCGGCUCCAGCGGGUCUGGCGGCUCGGUGGUGAGCGUCGUCUUCCAGCGAUUCCUGGAGGCGUUCUUCGCGUCCUUUUUCGCGGCCAACGCCGUGGACUGCCUCAUGGACCUGGCCACGGAGGAGGCCCUCAAGAUCCUGGUUCGGUCCUACCUGAGCGACCUGCAGACGCCGCCCGCCCCUCCCAGCUCGCCGGGCAGCCUGGCGGCGGGGGCGCGCUUGGAGCCGCUGGCGAGGGUGCUGCUGGACGAGGACCGGCUGCCCUUCCUGGACGCCAUGCCGCCCUUCGCCGCCGACCUGAGCGAGCGGCUGGCGUCCCCCGUCAAGCACGCGCCGCCGCCGCCGCAGCACGGCAGCGAGAACAAGAAGCUCAGCCUGAGGAAGCUGCAGGCCGUGCUCUGCAGCAGCCGCCUUCCCCGCGCGUGCGUCAUGGAGGUGCUGCGCUUCGUGCGCUCGCAGCCCAAGCUGUUCGGCAACCUGUCCCUGCAGGCCCUCUGCCUGCCCGUCCGGGAGGCCGUGGCCGUGCUGCUGGACUUCUGCCCUCAGGCCGUGCUGCGCUACGCUCAGGACUUGUUCCGGACGGAGGACGACUGGCGACAUCUGCUGGCGGGCCUGGACACCAAGCGGAAGACCCACAGCCAGAACCAGGCUCUGAGCGCGCUGUACCAGCAGACCAUGACAGACGUGCUGGACCACCUGGCGCACUCGGUGGACGUGGACACGCUGUGCCGCCUGCUGCAUCUCGACGUGGCCCUCGACGUGGCCGGCGCCGACCUGGACGUGGUGCGCGCGCACCUGCCGCACCUGCACACCUGCCAGCGCGUGGCGGGCGCCAACGCCGUCAGGAACUACAUCGCCUCCACCAGCGCCGCCUUCCUGUCGCAGCUAGACCACUAGCCCGUCGCUUGCCGCAUCGCUUGGGGGAGAGCGCGCCGCUCCGUGGUGACGGUCACAGCCGCGUCCCGUCCCGUUUUUUGAUUGGACGUGUUUCUAUGGAGACACGCGCGGCCGUCAUGCUUCUAGUCGCUGAAUGUUUCUGGCCGCGUGCGUGUCGACGCUAUCAGCCCAGCAGAGCAUUUUGGAUCUGUUUUUAUUGUUGUUGUUUAUUAUUGAUUUGCCGGUCUGGUGUGGCAUAAUAGUGAGGUGAAAAAAAAUCACAGAUGAGCUUGGAUCUCAAGAAAUUGUUGUAUACGCGGGUAUUAAUUUAUGUACGCUGAUGCACUGCCUUGGUUGUUGUAAACUCUUUGUUUGACUUUAUACAUAGCUCUAAGUGUAUUUUUGUAUUAGUUACCAUUGUUAUAGCGCUUCUGCUUUAUGACAGAAGUUAUUCAUCUGUGAUUUAUUUGAGACCAUUUAUAGUUAGAGCCUCCAGUUUGUAUUGACUUUUAUACUUUCGUCACCGUCCAGAGUAAAGUGUUAAAGCGUGGUGUGCCAUACAGUGCACCGUAGGGAAUGCCCUUUCUGGCUGUCACAGCCUGGGUUUUCACUGUAGCUGCGGUUUUACAUAUCGCUAUUGUUGUACUGAUUGCUUGAAGCACAAGUGUGAUUGAGUCUGGUUUCGCUAUGAGCGCUAUGUAAGACGUUUUAUACCUAUUAAAUUAAAGCUACAUUUCAUUCAGAA